AACUCUCGCGAUGUUAUUGCGCCUGACCUGACGACUUCCUUUUCCGGGAGUCUCUCAAGAUGGCGGACGUUGAGCAAAAGAAGAAGCGCACCUUCAGGAAAUUCACCUACAGAGGUGUGGAUCUGGACCAGCUGCUGGACAUGUCCUAUGAGCAGCUGAUGCAGCUCUAUUGUGCCAGGCAGAGAAGGAGGUUGAACCGUGGCCUCAGGAGGAAGCAGCAGUCUCUCCUUAAACGCCUCCGCAAGGCCAAGAAGGAGGCUCCACCGAUGGAGAAACCAGAGGUUGUGAAAACUCACCUGAGAGACAUGGUCAUUCUUCCGGAGAUGGUUGGCUCCAUGGUCGGCGUGUACAAUGGCAAGACCUUCAACCAGGUUGAAAUCAAGCCCGAGAUGAUUGGUCAUUACCUUGGAGAAUUCUCCAUCACAUACAAGCCUGUUAAGCAUGGCCGUCCAGGUAUUGGAGCCACUCACUCUUCCCGCUUCAUUCCACUGAAGUAAACACGAGUCUGUAAAUAAAAGCUUCAAAAACUCA